AUGCCAGAACCCUUUAUGAUAGUCCCGCCCAAAAACAUGAAUCGUGGGGGGCGAGGAGGCGGUGGUCGAGGAGGCGGUGGUCGAGGAGGUCGUGAUGGCGAAUGUGUAGGCCCUCGAGAUCGUGUGCUGAACCACUAUCUUCCACCAUCACAGUAUAAUCCUGCGUCUAGCUGUUUUCAAUCAGGUAUGGGUCGGGGGGGCAUCCCACCACCCCGUAUGGACAGACGAGUAGACGAGUAUCACACUUCUAGAGGCUAUACUAAUGUGAGAGGAUAUUCUAUUAUGCGUCAGCCUUAUAGUACUCCUCGGUCUUAUGAGACACCCGAUUCAUACAGACAUUUUAGCAGUCUAUCUGAUCGUGGAGCUAGUUCCCGCCCCUCUGGCCUUAGACAUUUUGAUCGUGGUUCGUCAUUUAACUUGAGUCGACCAUGGCAACCGCAAACAAAGGGCCAUUCUUUCCAAGAAAGGCAGCAGAGCGACGGUAAAUGGAAAGGGAAUAGGUAUGACCAGCAAAAUGGUGGCGGAAGUGAUAGACGAUAUUGA